GAGAGAUCAUCAGCUGCAACUAAUUCCCUGGGCUUUGUUUGGCUCCUUCUUUGAUAUUCUAGAUUCGUUUGGUUGGCAGCUGGAUCUGAAAUUGAAAUCUGCAAAACUACUUAAGGUUUUUAAUCAAUAUGGACGGUUCGGAUUGGGACGGGUCAUACAUCACAAACACAUCAACCUUAUUAUGGAACAACCAUCAAGUACAUGAUCUUGAAGAAAGCUUGUUGGUGUCGAGCUCAGGUCCCAGUGCUUUCAUUCCAAUCCAAGAGUUCCAAAAAGUCCAAACAUCGCAUGCGAUCAUGAACUCAAAUACCGAAAGAGCGAGCAAGAGUGCUCAAAUUGUUCAUCAGCAAAAUCCUUGUUUGCUGGACUCAGUGCAUGCUAUGCCAACUUUGAGAGCUGAUCAAUUGUGUCAAGCCCCUUUGAUGAUCAACAAGCCUAAUUAUAAUUUGAUGGGUUCACUGAGCACUGGUAUUUUCAUGGCUGCUGAUCAUUAUGGAGAUACUGGGAAACAUGUACAAACACAAGUCAUUCAUGGCUUACAAGAUCAUGGCAAGGCUAAGCCAGCAACGACACGCUCCGUUGAGUCCUUGGAUUGCUUGCUCUCAGGUACUAAUAGCAACACUGACACAUCUGUGGAAGAUGAUGAUGGAAUUUCUAUGCUUUUCUCAGAUUGCAGAAGAAACUUAUGGAACUUUGGAGCAGGCAAUAAUAGUGCAAUCUCAUCCGGAGAGUCUGAGAACAACGAAACAGUAGUCUCUCAAAGCUCAUCAGAUUUAUAUGUCCAAAAUCAGGGUAACAAAAAUUCCACAAAGAGAAGCCAUGAUCAAAGUGAGCUAAAUGGAGCCAAUCAUAGUCACUUUGGUCUUCUUCAAACAGAUUCUUCUACUACGGAAGGUGGUUUUCGUCUCAUCUCCGAAAACCCACCAAACCCAAAGAAGCCCAGAUCAGAUAAGCGUCCAAGCUCAUCCAAUAUCAACUUUCAACAGCCAAGUUCAUCUGUAUCAGCUUCCUCUAUUGAAGAGCCUGAUCCAGAGGUCAUUGCACAAAUGAAAGAGAUGAUUUAUCGUGCUGCGGCUUUUAGGCCUGUGAACUUGGGGAUGGACAUGGUUGAAAGGCCAAAGAGGAAGAAUGUUAAGAUCUCAUCUGACCCACAGACCGUGGCUGCAAGGCAAAGGAGAGAGAGAAUCAGUGAGAGAAUUAGGGUUUUGCAAAGGCUGGUUCCUGGUGGAGGCAAGAUGGACACUGCAUCUAUGCUUGAUGAGGCUGCAAAUUAUCUCAAGUUCUUGAGGUCACAGGUGAAGGCACUUGAAAAUUUAGGCCAAAAAAUUGAGUCCAUGAGUAAUUCUAAUAUUCCUCCUGCAAGCUUUGCUUUCUCUUUCAACCCCUCUUUUCCCAUGCAAACCCAUCAUCAUGUCCCACUCCACAACCCUAAUCAUAUCCACCAACCCCACAGUUGAAAAACUAAACCAAGACCAUAAAAGAAGCCCUAACCCAAAGUGCUUUGUCCUUUAAUCAUUCUCAUCAUCAUCAUCAUUUCAUCCCCAAUGAUUAACUUCGAAAAAAAAAAAAAAAUUAAAGUAGCAAAUUUUAUAUCCAAGAUCCAAAUCAUUCUCUUCAUCAUUACAUGUAAUCCUGAGUUAUUAAGGCUCAUUCCAUGCCAUCAUAGCACCCACCACCCAAGAACUCCACAAGUAAAAAGACUUUUGGAAAUGAAAUUCUACUUCCACUACUAUUUUUGCUGCUUCCACUAUCCAUAUGAUAUGUGCAUGCUUAGUGAAGGGAAUUUAUUAUAUUGCAUAGUGGAAGUAGCAAAACAACGAUUGGAAAGAGUGUAGCUGCACAUGAUUUUGCUUUUACACAAAAGGGAUUAGCAAAUUAUAACACCUAUGAUUAAGAUCAAGGGCUAGAAAGCGAUUACCACUUUAAGCUUUUGUUGUGAAAUUGUUUAAUCUGUUCUUGUACUUGAAACUCAGCUUUCUUGGAGAUCUUUGUAUAGUGUAAUUUUUUAAUGACAUUGUUGGGUAACCAAAUGC